CUGGUCACGGAUGUAACUGAUGUAGUUGUGAGGUACUUGAAGAGCGGUCCUGGUCUUAUUGGAUCUUCGAUUAUUUGGUUACGCACCUCCCUCCUCCCCUUCCACUUUCUCCCCCGCCUCUUUCUUCCCGGUCGCUUUCUCCCCUGCCGUCCCAUUUCCCCCCGGCUGCUCUCUGCUGCUCCUGGAGUCAAGAAGAGCUGA